CACUGCCUUCAGCCCAGCUUAUGGUAAUGCUGAGAUGAAGCUCACAAAUUUUGAACUAGUGCCUGUUUUGUCUCAAGCUUACUAUAACCUGAAUUAAAUAUCACUAAUUCUGAACUAACCUUAACAUUCGAUAGUGAGUAAAUUCUGAAUCUGUCCUGAAAUGGUUUCUCUAAGCGCACAGACUAUAACUCAGUGCUGGUUUUCAGCAUGACUGGAACUAAUUCAGCAUCUUGUUCUUUUUUAGGCAUUUUCAGUAGUAGAUCAGAACCUACUGGGUUUGCUAAUCAGCGUUGUUCCAGCCCUCAUAGGACAUAUUAAGCACUAACCAGCAGUACUUGUCAUUACCUUUAUCCUAUUCUGGCGCAAUUCAUUUAGGUUGCAGAUAGCAAUAAGUUUUUUAUAAUUGGGAGAAUUUUGUAUUUUGAAUUUAUAGUACAAUGUCACUGCAAUUCUGUCAAGUGAGGUCCAUUGGUAGCAUCCUGUAAAUAAACAAAUAUGAGAUUAGUUGCGGAAAAAUUGUGUUCAUCACAUUUUCAGCGUUUACAUUUAGAAAGGUGUACAUACAUAAUUGCGACUGUUGGCUCCCCUUGUUUCUUUUUCAUUUGCCUAGAAAUAAAAAUCAGUGUUGUGAUUACUACAUGUUGACUAAACCGUGACACAUAAAAGUAAGCAGGCGUUUCACAAUGUUACCUGAAUUCCUUUCUUCAGGUUACGCCUUUGAAAGUAUGAUUUCGUAGCCCUAUUGUCACCAACCUCCCUCGACGACAUAAGUUGGCCGGAGAACUGAGCCAUAAUUACGGCCACAUAAAUAAUACUUCACUAAUAAACCCUACAUCUCAUUAUUUUACUAAAGGCAUAAGGUAUGAUCUCGGACUUUGUCAAAGUCUCCUGGAAAUGAAACUUCAAACCCAUUUCAGGUUUUAGAACAGUGUACAUCAUGACUUUAAUUGGUAACUUCGAAUCAUUCUGAAGGCAGCCAACCAUUUAAGCAGUCUACAAGAAAUGAGAAUUAAAUAUGUGAACUCACAAAUAUCCCCUUGUACUUUUUGUCUCUUAAAGAUGCUCCCAGCAUCUUUAAGUGGUCUACAAUCGCGAUCGGAAACUCCAGUGUGUAGUCAUCGUUUACUGGAAGUCUAUUCCAUUACCACCUCUUCCGUCUCUUCGUGAAAUUAUCCAAAUAUAUGGCCUUCGAGCCCGGAAGCAACUGUCACAGAAUUUUCUAUUACAACCUUCGUCUAUAAAUGGUCUUGUUAAAUGUGCAGGGAAUUUACGUGAUGCGUAUGUCCUGGAGGUUGGCCCAGGUCCUGGUGGGAUUACUCGAGCUAUUCUUCAGAAAUGUCCUCGUUACGUCGCAGUAGUGGAGCUAGACAGGCGGUUCAUUCCAGGUCUUCAGGAAUUACGGCUUGCUGCAUUAGAAAUGGGGACCCAAAUGGAAAUAUACAGACAGGAUAUUAUGAGAUUCAAUUGUGAAGGCGUUUUCCCUACGACUCCUAUGCGUGGUGCUGGGGCUUGGGACGAUUUUUCGGAGUUGAAAGCUGUACACAAUCAAUUACGUGUGCCGGAAAACCAAAGUAUCACAGCUUUAGAAAUUACAAAUUCACCAAGAAUUUGUGUAAUUGGAAAUUUGCCAUUCAAUAUUUCCACUCCUCUCGUAUGUCAGUGGCUGCAUGAUAUUUCUGAAAGACGAGGAAUUUGGAGGUAUGGAAGAGUCCCUUUAAUAUUGACUUUCCAAAAAGAAGUUGCUGAACGACUUGCCGCAGACGUAUGGGAUAAACAGCGUUCUCGCUUGUCAAUUAUGUCUCAAGCUUACUGCAAUGUUGAGUACAUAAAAGAUAUUCCUGGCACUGCAUUUUUACCUGUACCAAAGGUGGAUGCUGGUAUUGUACGUUUAACUCCUUUACAACAACCUCUCAUUCCUAUACCGUAUCCAUAUGUUAACAAAUUGGUACGCCAAGCAUUUCAUUUUAGACAAAAACAAAUUGUCCGCUGUCUUGAGACACUGUUUCCUUCUAAUCGACCUGAAUUAGUUAUUCAGUUAUUCAAGGAAGCUGGAGUACAGCCAGUCAAACAACCCACACAGUUGACAAUGUCAGAAUUUCGAGACUUAUGCUUUGUGUAUCAUCGUAUAUGUCAAGUUGAGCCGAGUAUAUUCGAUUUCGAUUAUCAGGCUCGAGAAAACUUACAUCUAUGGCAUAAUCGAAGAAAAAUUCAACGUGAGAUCCUGGGAGGUUCAACAGGUAUCACAGCCAGUCGUCUGCGUCAUGAAAUGUACACAUGAAGUCAAUAUUUAAAGUAUUCUGUGAUUUUCAAUUUUUGUGUAUAUCUGGUCAAUAUAUUAACUGUACAAAUUGUGAGAUUUUCUCCUCUUUCGUAUUUUAUUUUUACAAAAAUUAGCACCAUCAUGUAGUAAUAAUAAUUUUUGCCUCAUAAUAUCUUUCAUUUCUCAUUCAAUGUUGCUUUAAAGAGAAUGAGAUUUUUUGUAUGUCUGGAAAUUAUGUGGUCAGCUGAUUACAAUAAAGAUUUAUUAAAGUGAUACGCAUUCUAACUAAUUUCAACCAGUUUGAUGAUAAAAGCUGGCAUUUAUGUUAACUGAUGUCAGUGUUGAUCGAUUUAAAUAAAAUAUGAUGACAAUGAAGAAAUGUACAGCUGAACACGAUUUGAAGUGGAACUGAAUGUUAUCGUUUAGUUGAUGAUGCCUAACACUAGAAUCCAGAAUAUGAAUUUCUUCCUAUUUGGGACCCGUUAACAUGAAAUGUGAUCUGUACAAGAAGCCUAC